GGGGCUGAGUGGCCCCGCCCGGGCCGGGCCGGGCGCCGGAGGAUGAGGAGCGAUGGGGCAGGCGUGCGGCCACUCCAUCCUGUGCCGGAGCCAGCAGUGCCCGGCGCGGCCCGGGGAGCCCGAGCCGCGGGGCCAGCAGGUCUUCCUGAAGCCGGACGAGGAGCCGCCACCGCCACCGCCGCAGCAGCAGCCUUGCGCCGACACCCUGCAGGAAGCCCUGCUGAGUUUGGGCUCUGUCAUUGAUGUCUCCAGUCUUCAUGAUGUCAUCAAAGAAGCCAUCUCUGCUGUGCUCCCCAAAGUGGAAACCGUCUACACUUACCUGCUUGAUGGAGAAUCCCGGCUAGUGUGUGCAGACCCCCCACAUGAUCUACCCCAGGAGGGGAAAGUCCGAGACGCCGUCCAGGCCUGGGAGCGGCUGAGCUGCAGCGGGCUGGGCCCCUCAGACUUGCCAGAGAAAGCAUUGACGGGGCUGACUGCCCCACUGGCUGCUGACAGACAAGUGCUGGUAGUCCCACUGGUGGACAAGGAAGCUGGAGGUGUUGUGGCCACCAUCCUGGUACACUGUGCCCAACUCAGCGAGGGGGAUGAGCAGAGCCUGCAGGCCAUAGAGAAGCACACGCUAGUGGCCCUGAAGAGGCUGAGGACACUGCAGCAGCGUCAGCCCCGCCCCCUGCCAGUGCCAGAGCCCUCUUCCCUGCCCACCUUGCUGGCCCGGCCAAAUGGGGCCGUGUCUAUUGGGACAGGUGGCUACAGUGACCUGGACAGCCGGAUUCUGCAGCUUUGUGGGGAACUCUAUGACCUGGAUGCCUCUUCCCUUCAGCUCAAAGUACUCCAUUAUUUGCAGCAGGAGACUGAAUCCUCAACCUGCUGCCUCCUCCUUGUUUCAGAGGAUAACCUUCAGCUCUCCUGUCAGGUCAUCGGAGACAAAGUACUUGGAGAAGAAGUCAGUUUUCCAAUGACAGUGGGGUGCCUGGGCCAGGUGGUGAAGAACAAGGAAUCCAUCACACUGAAGGACCUCACUUCAGAAGAGGUGACGCAGCUUCAGAGCCUCGUGGGAUGUGAGCUGCAGUCCAUGCUCUGUGUCCCUGUCAUCAGCCGGGCUACCAAUCAGGUGGUAGCCUUAGCCUGCACUUUCAACAAGCAGGGAGGAGAGACGUACACGGACUGGGAUGAGCACAAGAUACUCCACUGUUUCUGCUACACAGCUACUGUCCUUACCAGCACCCUGGCCUUCCAGAAAGAACAGAAGCUCAAGUGUGAGUGCCAGGCUCUUCUCCAAGUGGCAAAGAACCUCUUCACACACUUGGAUGAUGUCUCUGUCCUGCUCCAAGAAAUCAUCACAGAAGCCCGGAACCUCAGCAAUGCAGAGAUAUGCUCCGUGUUCCUGUUGGAUCAGAAUGAGCUGGUGGCCAAGGUGUUUGAUGGUGGUGUUGUGGAUGAUGAGACCUAUGAGAUCCGCAUCCCUGCAGACCAAGGGAUCGCGGGUCACGUGGCUACCACAGGCCAGAUCCUGAAUAUCCCGGAUGCCUAUGCACAUCCCCUGUUCUACCGAGGUGUGGAUGACAGCACAGGCUUCCGCACCCGCAACAUACUCUGCUUCCCUAUCAAGAAUGAAAACCAAGAGGUAAUUGGUGUGGCCGAGCUGGUGAACAAGAUCAAUGGCCCCUGGUUCAGCAAGUUUGAUGAGGACCUGGCCACAGCCUUUUCCAUCUACUGUGGCAUCAGCAUCGCUCAUUCUCUCCUAUACAAGAAAGUGAAUGAAGCCCAGUAUCGGAGCCACUUGGCCAACGAGAUGAUGAUGUAUCACAUGAAGGUCUCUGAUGACGAGUACGACAAACUCCUCGGAGAUGGGAUUCAGCCAGUCUCAGCUAUUGACUCCAACUUUGCCAGUUUCACCUACACCCCUCGCUCUCUCCCUGAGGAUGACACCUCCAUGGCCAUCCUGAGUAUGCUGCAGGACAUGAACUUUAUCAACAACUACAAGAUUGACCGACAGACAUUGGUCCGGUUCUGCCUGAUGGUGAAGAAGGGCUACCGAGACCCUCCCUAUCAUAACUGGAUGCACGCCUUCUCUGUCUCCCACUUUUGCUACCUGCUCUAUAAGAACCUGGAGCUGUCCAAAUAUCUGGAUGACAUCGAGAUCUUUGCCUUGUUUGUCUCCUGCAUGUGCCAUGACCUGGACCACAGAGGCACCAACAACUCCUUCCAGGUGGCUUCGAAAUCCGUGCUGGCUGCAUUGUACAGCUCUGAAGGCUCUGUCAUGGAGAGACACCACUUUGCUCAGGCGAUUGCCAUCCUCAACACCCAGGGUUGCAACAUCUUUGAUCACUUCUCCCGGAAGGACUACCAGCGGAUGCUGGAUCUGAUGAGAGACAUUAUCUUGGCUACUGACCUAGCCCACCACCUGCGCAUCUUCAAAGACCUUCAGAAGAUGGCUGAAGUGGGUUAUGACCCAAAGAAUAAACACCACCACAGCCUCCUGCUCUGCCUGCUCAUGACCUCCUGUGACCUCUCAGACCAGACCAAGGGCUGGAAGACCACUCGGAAGAUUGCGGAGCUGAUCUACAAAGAGUUCUUCUCACAGGGAGACCUGGAGAAGGCCAUGGGUAACCGGCCCAUGGAGAUGAUGGACCGAGAGAAGGCUUACAUCCCUGAGCUCCAGAUCAGCUUCAUGGAACACAUCGCCAUGCCAAUCUACAAGCUGCUGCAGGAGUUGUUUCCCAGAGCUGCAGAACUGUAUGAGCGUGUCGCCACCAACCGGGAGCAGUGGACCAAGGUGUCCCAUAAGUUUACCAUUCGAGGCCUGCCCAGCAACAACUCUCUGGACUUCCUGGAUGAGGAAUAUGACAUUCAGGAUCCGGGUGAUGAUGGCGACAAGGUCAAUGGGUGCUGCAAGCUGGAUGAGGAAGAGUGAGGGAGACUCUCCCCUUCCCUAAAGGGGCAGGGAAGGCAGGAGCAAGAGAAAGGACAUUCCCGCCUCCCCUCCCCCUCACCCCUCCAGCCCCAACCCAGAGCCCCUUUUUAAAAUUCGUCCUUUGCUUCUGGCUUGGACGAUCAUGUUUAUUUAAAAUAUUCUAGAUGCCGCCCCCUCUGCCCCCACCCCCAGCCAGGAACUGAGGGGGCCUUGGGGAUGACGUGGCAUCAGCCCUGGGUGUCCCUCUCUCUAGGGGAGUCUUGGGUCCCAUCUGCCUCUCUGGCUGCGUCUUUCUCCAGACUCACUCACAAUUCACUUCCUCCCUUGGGGCAGCCUGGGGGAUUUCUCCAAAUGUUACCUGAUUCGUUCUCGUGGCUUAGGGCUCCUCCUGGAUCUCUGGGGAUUUGAGAGGGAGACCUGUGGUCAUUAUGGAUCUGACCUUGCAAGGGUUGAGUGAGCCAUGGUGGAGGGGUGAGGAGCGGGGAGAAGAAGAGGAAAGAAUCAAGUCUAUUAUUGACUUGGGAGGUGAGAGGUAAAAAUCAGGACAGAGGUGAUACUCCAGUCCAACUUCCUUAUUUUAUAGAGGAGGAGAUGGAGGUUCAGAGUGGGGAAGUGGGAAACUUGGCCAAAGUCACAAAGGUGGUUAAGUGGCAGAAUUGGGAUUCGGACCCAGGUCUGCUGAUUGCCAGGUUCAGGUUCUUUUCCCCUGUGCCAUGCUUUGCCCCAUAUAAGGGUUACAGAGCACCACUGCCCUAUGAGGCAGGUAGUGCAAGUACAGUUAUCUCCUUUUUAUAGACCCAUCAAGGUUAAGUGACUUGCUCAGGGCCCCUAAGCAGGAUCUAAACCCAGAUCUCUCCUGACUCUGAGUCAAUUGCUCUCUCCAGGGCACUGCACUCCCUCUUGUGAAGACAGGGUAUGGGGUCCCAGACUGCCUCCUCCACCCAUCUUGAGCCAUGUCUCUCUUGAUAGCCGUGAUGCUGCUCUAAUGAGGCAGCUCUUUGAACUUGCUGCCUACCCCAAAGUUCAGGAGAGAGGCCCAGCCACCCCCAAGAAGGAGGCCAGUACCUCCUCCCACCAUCCAGGCUCAGGCUGUGAGAGCAGAGCAGGCCCAUCCCCACCUUGCCCAGGGAAACAAGGGAGGCAGUUUAUCAUGGCUAGGAGUGGAGUGGAGGACUGAGUGUCCUCUCUCCUCCCCCUUCAAAGGUCUUUCGACUGGGCAGCCGCUAGAGAGACAAUGUGAUUUCUAGUAAUGAAAAGGACAGUGGAUGAGAAGUGAAGUGACCUAGGUUCUGGUCUGGGAUGGAUUCUGUCACUGACUGCCUGGGCAACCUUGCCCUCUCUGGGUUUCAUAGGAUCAUGGGAUCAUAGAUUUAGAGGUGGAUGUUUCCUUAUCUAUAAAAUGGGAUAGUGGUGGGUGGGAAGAGGGUUGGAUUUGAUGGUGUCUAAGGUUAUAGCCAUAUUUCUGUGGCAUUGUGGAGACCUAGGAGCAAGGCCUCAUCACCCUUUGACAACUUUCCCAGAGAUAGCCACUAGUCCUAGUGGAUCCCAGGGACCAGGGCACAUCCCCAUCACACCAAGACUUCUUAGACUUCUAAGUACAGGCCCUGGCCACUGAGCAGGAGCCCUGGACCCUCUGUCCCUUUUCCACUUUCAUCCCCCAGACAAAUCAUUAGCUUCUCAGGCCUGGGAUCUCCAUCCCUUUCUUGCAGCCAUCCAGAGAGAGGGACCCAGUCCUUGAGCCCCUCUGGGCCUUGCUGCAUAUCUGUGGCUUCAGCCACAGCUGGGACUGGACUCUUCUCUAUCCUGAAGGCCAUAUACACCUCCCCCCCCACCUUCCCCUCUCUCCCUCUGGCCACUGCCCAAGGUCCUGGGGAGACGCCAUAGGAAACAAGGAUUUGGCACUCCCAUCCCUACCCCGUUCCUCUCUUUUUCUGUCUUGUCUCUGUCAGUGUCUCUGAGUGGGUGUUGUUUGGGCUGGGGCAGAGCUGGGCAGGGAGGGUGCAGGGUGGGGGGUGGGGUGGGGAGAGAAUGGGUUCAUUUGCCUUAUCUAUUCUGAGUUGCCUUUAGAGAGACUCGUUUUUUGUAUCUGACUAUGUAGGGCUCUGUGCAGAUGUUGUAAAUGGUCCUGUUGGCUGAUUGCUUUGUACAUGAGAAUAAAUCUAUUUCUUUCUAUCAAA